AGACCACCAUUGGCUGGCUAUUUAAAUUAAAGCAACUUAUAGUUGUACUACCCAAAUGCUAAGUUUUCAACCACCUCCUAGUAACAACAACAAAAGCCAAAGUCAAGGUCAAAAUCAAAAUCAAAACAACAAAUUUGGUGCUCAAUCUCAUAAUAAUACCAAUAAGUUCGGCUCAAACUUUAGUAAUAAGAAUAUUUUCCAAAAACGAAAAGGACCAAGUCAUAAGGCUGAUCAUGGGAAUAGCUCAUUCGGAGCAAUGAACACUACGAACUCUACAAACCCUGCAAUUGGACGUCCAAGCUCUUCAAACUUGAGUGAAGAAGAUUUGAAAUUCGAUCAACACAUUGGUGGAUUUGAUACCAACUUCAACAUAUUUCAGCACUUCAAUCACAAUCAGAGGCCAAUACCUAAAUUUUUGAUUUAUCAAAGUCCUGCCCUCAAAGCUGCACCAAUAAAACAAGAUGAAUGGGACAAGUCCAAUCAACAAGAGAUGUUCAGAUUAGAGCAAAAUACAUCUGAUGUUUCAACACUUUAUGAAGAUUUUCAAAAAAUGAGGGAGAAUGAGAGAAAAGUUAUGGAACAAAAAGGUUUGGUUGAUAAAGAAGAUACAAGAAAAACUUUAGAAGAUGCCAUAUCAUUUCAAGGUUCAUGUCUUGAAAUGUGUCCAGUCUAUGAAAGAAUAAGGAGAUCUAUUGAAAACGAUGUU